ACACUGGUUUAUAAGAGUCAGUCUCUUUCAGCUGUUCCUAAGCAGUGGAUGUUAAUUCACGGUUGAGGGCUAUAUGAUUCUUGGAUUGUUUUUAAUCUAUUUUUUAAGUAAUUAAAGUGAUUAAUAUGAGCAGUGAUAGUGAAUUUGAAGAUCCUGACCAUCUAGAAGUCCCUGGUGGUGGAAAAGACUUAGCUUCAUUGGUAUGUAAGGAUCGAAAAGUUUUAAAUAUUAAAUCGUAUGGAGGAGUAGAAAGAACAGUUCCUUAUCAGAAUGUGGGGUGUACUAGUAUCGGUGCGGUUCCAAAUUCAAAUGUUUCGAAAAGUGCCAAUUUGUUUCAAGUUCUUUCCAGCCACAAUUCUUCUAUUACUGGUUAUAAUAAGGCAUUAAUUGUUGAUAAACAAGCCUUAGUUAAUGAUAAAUCUUCAUCAACCUCAUGUAUGAAUUAUAUCAUAAAUUUAGCCAAACCAAACGAUCUCGUCGGUGAUGAUGGAAUUUUAUUAAAUAAAAAUAUUUUUAUCGAUAAAAAGCAUUUUAAUUUUAAAACCCAAAUCGGUAAUGUAUUAUUUCAACAGUCUAGCGUCUCAUCUACUCCAUUAGUAGUGAACCCAUCCCGAAUAGUUCAGAAUGAAAUUGAAAACAAUGAAGAAGAAGGGAUGGGUGUUGCUGAAACUUAUGAAAAUUACAUGCCAGCAAAAUUAAAAAUUGGUCUCAAACACCCUGACCCUGUUGUUGAAUCAACCUCCCUAUCUAGUGUUCCACCGGCUGAUGUGUGGUAUAAACUUAUUAUACCUGAAGAAACUAUUACUAGCGGUGCUUUGUCAGCUCUUCAACUUGAAUCCAUUACCUACGUUUGUCAGCAACACGAAAGGAAGCUUCCAGAUGGUUCAAGAGGUGGAUUUUUAAUUGGAGAUGGCGCUGGUGUAGGAAAAGGUAGAACGAUUGCCGGCAUCAUAUUUGAAAAUUAUUUACGUGGAAGGAAAAAAGCGAUUUGGGUUUCUAUUAUGACUGACCUCAAAUUAGAUGCCGAACGUGAUCUCUCCGAUAUAGGAGCCUCCAAAAUUCGUUUAUAUAGUUUAAACAAAUGUAAAUAUACGAAACUAUCGUCUGAUGAAAAUGGAAAAAUAAAGAAAGGAGUUAUUUUUUGUACAUACAGUUCUAUAAUAGCGAAGACCACUCAAAGUACGUCAUUGUUUGAUACAAGAUUUCAACAGUUGGUAGAUUGGUGUGGCACUGAUUUUGAUGGGGUGCUCGUGUUUGACGAAUGCCAUAAGGCCAAAAAUUUGAAUUUUAAAGGAAUUGGAAGAUCUACAAAAACGGGGCAAGUGGUCCUAGAACUUCAAAAAAAACUCCCAAACGCCAGGGUCGUAUAUGCAUCCGCUACUGGAGCCACUGAACCAAAAAACAUGGCAUACAUGGUGAGACUCGGAAUGUGGGGACCCGGAACUCCGUACAAAGAUUUCUCUGAAUUCCAUUCAAUACUUAAUAAAAGGGGUGUGGGUGUUAUGGAAAUUGUUGCUAUGGAUAUGAAAUUGCGUGGUCUUUACAUGGCAAGGCAGUUAAGCUUCCAUGGAGUCAUUUUUAAAAUUAUUGAAGUUAGCUUGGGUGAAAGAUUUAAAAAGGUAUAUGACAAUGCUACUGCCUUGUGGGCUGAAGCUGCUGUUAGCUUUAGGAAGGCUAUGGAUUUGAUCAAAUUGAGCAAAUUAUCUAUUAAAGUAAUAUGGAGUCAAUUUUGGGGAUCACACCAAAGAUUUUUUAAAUAUAUGUGUAUUUCAGCAAAAGUAAAGAAAACUGUGAGUAUUACUCGCGAAGCUAUCAAAUGUGGUAAAUGUGUUGUUAUUGGUCUUCAAUCUACAGGAGAAGCAAGAACAUUACAAGAAAUUGACAAAGAAGAUGGUGAAUUAAGUGAUUUCAUUUCUACUGCUUAUGGAGUUCUAAAGUCACUUGUAGAAAAACAUUUCCCAGAACCAACUAUGAAUAAUGUUUCUACUAAGAAUGCAGCAAAAGUUCUUUCCAAAGAUAAAAAAGAAAGAAAUAGAGUUAAAAGGCGAAGAAUGAUUUGGAAUAUACCUCUUUCUGAUGAGAGCAGUUUUGAAAGUGAUAGUAGCUUGAGUGACAACACCGACAGUCAGUGUCUGGAAUCAUGGCAGUAUGAUAAUGUAGAGUUAAUCACCACCAUUCACAAAAUGAAAAGAAAUCUUUUGAGGAAAAUAGAAGACCUUGGUAAACAACUUCCUCCGAAUGCUCUUGAUGAACUUAUUGACGAACUAGGCGGUCCUGAUAAUGUUGCAGAAAUGACAGGUCGUAAAGGAAGAAUUGUUCAAAAUGAUGGAAACUUUAAGUAUGAAUCAAGAUCAGAUUCAGAAUCCUCACUGGAGGUGAUGAAUUUAAUUGAAAAACAAAGAUUCAUGGAUGGAGAAAAAGAUGUUGCCAUAAUAUCAGAAGCUGCUAGCUCUGGUAUUUCUCUUCAUAGUGAUAAAAGGGCCAUUAAUAAAAGAUGUCGGGUUCAUAUUACACUUGAACUUCCCUGGAGUGCUGACAAGGCAAUUCAGCAGUUUGGUAGAACUCAUCGCAGCAAUCAAAAAAAUGCCCCGGAGUAUAUAUUGCUCAUUUCAGAUCUGGGAGGAGAAAGAAGGUUUGCAUCUGUGGUAGCAAAAAGAUUAGAAUGCUUAGGAGCAUUGACCCAAGGUGACCGGCGUGCAACUGAAGCAAGGGAUUUGUCCAAGUUUAAUAUCGAUAACAAUUAUGGUAGAAUGGCUGUUGAAAUUACUCUCAAAUCAUUUUUACCAUAUAACAAUGAGAAAUUGGUAUCCCCUCCAUCUUCUUACCUUGGUGAUUUCAUGAAAGAUGCCGAAGAAGGCUUAAAACGUGUUGGCUUGUUAAUGUCUAACGAAAAUGGCAGUGUAUCAUUGGAUAUUGACAGAAAAUCUAUUGGUAAAUUCCUGAAUAGAAUUUUAGGCCUUCCAGUUGAUCUCCAAAAUGCUAUAUUUGAGUAUUUCACUGACACAAUGGAAGCUGUUAUUGAAAGAGCCAAAAAUUCUGGUCAUUUUGACCUUGGUAUUUUAGAUGUUGCUACAAGUGAUCAAAUUUUGAAGAGGCUUUCAGUUCAGAGAUUCAUUAGACCACAUGUUACUGGUUUGGCAUCAACAGAAUUACAUAGAGUCGAAGCUGAAAGAGGCAUGACAUGGGAAGAAGCUUUGAGGAUUUGGGAAAAAGCUAAUUCAGCAAAAGGAUUUUAUUUAUCUCAGCCUAAAAAUAAUAACCGUGAAGUUAUUUUAGCUGUAGAAGAAGGAGAGUCAUCUAAAAAUACUGAUGGAGAACACUUUGUAAUAUAUCGCCCCAAUGUUGGUCGUCAGGUUAGGAAAGAACUUAAAUCAUCUAUAUUAAGAAAAUUCAAAUUUGCUAAAAGAUCAGAAGCAAAGUUGCAUUGGCAAGCUAGGUAUCAUGCAUCAUCCAAUAUUUGUUCACAUCAAUACUGGGGAGGAAUUUGCAAAAGAAAUCUGUUAGGGGAAUGCUGUGAUGUUGGACUUCGUAGAAGAGUUUAUAAUAUUCUUUCUGGUUCUGUACUCUCAGUUUGGAAUACAAUAGAAAACAUCAUAUCGAAGGGUAGUAGCCUUCAAGUGGUAAGAGUGAAGACUACAGAUGGAGGGAAGAUAGUCGGUACCUUGGUACCACCUUCCUGUGUUGAACCACUCAUAUCUGCACUGAGCCUUGGGGCAGAAAAAGUUGUGAGCCAGCAAUUCUAAAUAUCAUCGAUGAACUGUUUACAACGGUGGGUUGUGCAGAAUGAUCAGCUUAAAAAAGACAUUUUUAAAAGAUAUUUUUAAUUAUAACACUUUUGUUUUUGGCCAUUUUUUUGUAUUAUUUUUACUUUAAAUUUGAAUGUUAAUUAUAGCUUGAUUUCAUUUAUUCUUUGUAAUGCUAAUCAUUAAUGUGUAAAUAAAGAUAUGUUAAGACAUGUUUCUUAUUGUUAAAAAAUUCAGUAUAAUUAUUAAGUAUUUUGCCUUAAUCUUUACAGACUGUAAAAAAUAUGGUUAAAAUAUCUUUAUAUUUGUUUAUUGUCAUUGUAUCAAUUAUCAAAUAUAUCUCAAUUCUUAAAAUAACAUUAUUUACCUUUUUAAAAAUCAUCUAAAAAUUGAAUUAUGAAAUCAUUGUUAGACAGAUUGGUCGAAAGCAAACAACAGUUUAUGAUAAACACAUUAUUCAAGGUUUACAGACAAAGAUAUAAUAAUUGAAGAAGUCAAUAAUGAUGAUGAAUUGAAAUGCUUAAACUUAAAAGAAAAAGAAGAGUAUUUUCUCUUUCAACGAAGAGAGCCUUGUAUCACGAUGAUGCCUGAUUUCAUUUCUGCCUUUCUUUUUUCUUUGGAAACACAGUAUACAACUGGGUAUGGCACCAGAGCUCCAACAACAGAAUGUCCCGAAGCAAUUUUUCUCCUGUCUGUUCAAAGUAUUUUUGGAGUUCUUUUACAAAGUGUAAUGGUUGGUGCUGUGUUUGCCAAGCUGGCUCGACCAAAAAAUAGAGGACAUGCCAUUUCGUAUAGGGAUUCAAUAUUCCUACUGUGGCCAGUGACUGUGGUCCACAAGAUAGACAUUUCUAGUCCUCUUUUUGAACUGUCGCCGUUAGACCUGAUGAAGUCUGACAUUGAAAUAGUAGUCAGUCUUGUGUGUACCGCAGAAACGACUGGACAACAAACUGAAGUAAGGUGUUCUUACACGCCAUGUGACAUUCUUUGGGGGCAUCGGUUCAGAACCAUCCUUGAAAGUGAUUCUUCUGGUUUUGUUGUCGACUAUUCAAAAUUUGAUGAGACAGAAAGCUUAGACAUGCCUUUAUGCAGUGCAAAACAAUUAGAAUUAAAUAUAAAACCCAAUUCUGAUGGAAACACUAAUGAAACGUGUUUAAGUGAAAAGUAAUUUUUGAAAUAUUUACUAAAUAAAAUAAACUUAUCUAUUUUUUGUUUUUUGUUUCAUAAGUA